AACACAUUAUUUAAUCUUUAUGGAUUAAAUACUUUUGAAAGGGAGCUUUCAAACUGUUUCGUUGUUAAAAUCACUGGUUAAAAGAAACAUUUGUGAAGAUUUGGUUAAUUUGUAUUCAUAUGAAAUUAUGGCACUGUAUUUUCACCCAUUUGUCACUGAAAAUGAAGUUUCAGAUGCAAAGUCCAAAUUCUGUAAUUAUUUAUAUAUUUCAAAAAUAUCACACGUGACGGGAUAUUUCCUUAUUUAGCAUCAAGUUUUCUCUUUCAACCCAAACUCUCCAAAGCUGAGAAGGACACAGCACCAAUUGUUCCUUUAAGAUUUAUACUGCAGCAAUUAAUUUCAGCUCAUCUCUUUGUGAUUAAGAAGAAAGGAAUGAAAUACUUGACUUCUGCAAUCUUAAUUUUCUUCUCUUUUGUUACUACUGCUUUUCAGACACUUGACAAUGGAAUAUUUUUAGUAUAUAAUCAAGAUAGUAAACUGUGCCUAAUUGCUCAGAGUUCUCAUACAGUCUCAAUAGCUGCUUGCAAUAAAAACAGUGAAUUACAGAAAUUCAGAUGGGUAUCUGACCACCAGAUGAUGAGCAUGGCGUUUGCACAGUGUCUGGGAGUGAGCUACAAGAAAGAGCAGGCUAAAAUUUCUUUGUAUCCCUGUAACAAAGAAAGUGAAUUCCAAAAAUGGGACUGCAGAAACUCAACCCUGGUAAUCCAUGGAGAGAACUUAUUUCUCAGUACUGGUAAAAGAAAAAAAGAUAAUGUUUUUCUGGACUCAGGACCAGGAACAAUGAACAAAUGGAAGAUAUAUGGGACCACGGAUGACCUGUGUUCUCAAGGCCAUGAAGAUCUAUUUACGCUACUAGGAAACUCCCACGGAGCUCCAUGCACCUUCCCUUUCCAGCUGAGUGGGAAGUGGUACGCAGGGUGCACAGAUGCAGGCCGGUUGGAUGGCUUGCUCUGGUGUGCGACGACCCCCAGCUUUGACACGGACCGCUUGUAUGGGUUCUGUCCCACUGGCAGCAGUGACAGUGACAAAUUUUGGAGUACAGAUCCCUUGACAGGAGCCUUCUACCAGAUAAACUUCCAGUCAGCUCUCACGUGGCACCAAGCAAGGCAGAGCUGCAAGCAGCAGAACGCAGAGUUAUGGAGUGCCACUGAGAUACAUGAACAGAUGUUUCUAAGAGAUCUGAUUGACAGCAACAGAUCACCUCUCUGGAUUGGGUUGAACAGUCUGAAUCUCCGCAGUGGGUGGCAGUGGAGCGGUGGUACUCCUUUCAGAUACUUUAACUGGGCACCAGGAAGCCCUUCUCCUGAACCUGAGAAACUCUGUGCAGUACUAAAUCCCAGAAGAGAUGCUAAAUGGGAAAACCGGCCAUGUGAGCAGAAAGUUGGCUAUAUCUGUAAAAAGGAAAACUCCACGCUGGGUUCUUCCAGUCUUCCAUUAGAGGAUGCAGAACCUGUUAAAUGCCCAGAAGGAUGGUUGCCCUACGCAGGUCACUGUUACAUGAUUCAUAGAGAGCCCAGGGCAUGGAAAGAUGCCUUAAUUUCCUGCAAUGAGAGCAAUGGCAACCUGGCCAGUAUCCACAACACUGAAGAGCAUGACUUCAUACUGUCUCAGCUUGGUUACAAAGCCACGGAUGAGCUCUGGAUUGGCAUGAAUGACUUCAGCACUCAGAUGUAUUUUGAGUGGAGUGAUGAGACUCCUGUGACAUAUACCAAAUGGUUGCCCGGAGAACCAACCCAUGCAGUCAAUGGGCAAGAAGACUGUGUUGUCAUGGCAGGGGAGGAUGGAUAUUGGGCAGACAGUACCUGUGAUAGGAAGUUAGGUUACAUCUGCAGAAGAGAGCCACUACAGGGAGUUUCAGGAACAGUGAAGACUGAUCCUGCCUGUACAAAGGGCUGGACAAGACAUGGUUCUUACUGCUAUCUAGUUGGACAUGCACCCCUAACAUUUUCAGAAUCAAUGAAAACCUGUGAAAGAAUUGGGGGCUAUUUAGCAACUAUACAAGACAGGUAUGAGCAAGCCUACCUGACCAGCUUCGUUGGUCUGAGCUCUGAGAAGUGCUUCUGGAUUGGUCUCUCCAACACAGAAGAGCAAGAGAUCUUCAAGUGGGGGACUGGUGAAGGCGUUUUCUACACAAACUGGAACUCAGCAAUGCCUGGGAAAGAAGUAGGUUGUGUUGCCCUAAGGACUGGAAGCGCAGCUGGACUAUGGGAUGUUCAGAACUGUGAACUAAAGGCAAAAUUUCUCUGUAAAAAAACAGCUGAAAAAAUUAAUCAUCCAUUUGCUCCUGGAAAAAAUUCUAAUUUCAAAUGUCCUUUGGGUUGGAAUGCAAGUAAUAGCACUAAUUCUUGCUUCAGAGUCUUUGUGAGAGAAAAUAAACAUAAGAAAACAUGGUUUGAAGCCAGAGAUUUCUGCAGAGAAAUAGGAGGAGAUCUGGCUGCUAUUAAUAGUGAAGAAGAGCAAAGAGUGAUAGAAAGCUUAAUAACAAAGAAACCACCAUCAUCUCAGCUUUUCUGGAUAGGUUUGCAGCGUUUGGAUCCUGAUGGUGGGCUGUUCUGGAGUGACAGCUCCCCGGUGAAUUAUAUGCAAACAAUUCAUUUUUACGAUACACCAUUAGAAAAUUGUGGAGCAAUUAGCACAGAGUAUUUCAUCUCCUGGACUAACAAGCACUGUGAAUACAGCCAGGACUGGAUUUGUGAAAUAAAGAAAGGAACACUCUUGAAGCCAGAACCUGUCAGCCCUUCUGCCAUGUAUGAAGUCACAGAAGAUGGCUGGAUUAUAAAAGGGGACAAACAGUAUUUUUUAAGCACAGAAAGUGCAUCAAUGGAAAAAGCCAGAAUAUUCUGCAAAAACCACCAUGGAGAUCUUGCUAUUAUUGGAGAUAAUAAUCAAAGAAUUUUUUUGUGGAAAUAUAUCUUAAAAAAUGGCAAACUGAAUUCAUAUUUCAUAGGAUUAAUACUGAAUGCUGACCGACAAUUUAGAUGGGUAGAUGGAAGCACUUUACACUAUGCACCCUGGGCAGAAGGGGAACCCAACUUUGCCGUUGCUCAAGAACACUGUGUGGUCUUAGAUAAAGAAUAUGGUUUGUGGAAUGAUGUUAGCUGCGGUCAUUCACAUGGCUUUAUCUGCGAGAGGCAUGGGAGUUUUGUGAAUGCCACGCUUUCUCCAGCAGCAACUUCACCUCCAGGAGGAUGUCCCAAAGACUGGCUUUUAUUUAAAAAUCAGUGUUACAAAUUUUUUGGUUCUCAAUUUCAUUACUGGUAUAAUGCAAAUAAAGACUGUAUCAACCUUGGAGGACAUCUGGCUACCAUACAAAACGAACAAGUACAAGCUUUUCUCACUUACCAUUUGAAGGAUGUUUCAUACAAUCCCUGGAUUGGCUUGAAUGAUGAAAUUAGUGAACUCAACUUUGUUUGGGCUGAUGGAAGUGCUGUUUCCUAUACAAAUUGGGCUCCAGAUUCCCCAAAAACUUAUGAACCCAUUUUGUUUGACAGCCUCCGUCCAGAAGAUGGCCACAAUAGGAUGCAGUAUGACUGUGUUUUUCUGAAGAGAGAUUAUACUGAUAUAGGAAAAUGGAGCGAUGAGUCGUGUUAUAAAUCGAGUGGGUAUAUAUGCCAGAAGAACAGUGACCCUAAACUCUAUAAGUCACCGGCAACAGUGCUGGACUUCGCUUUUGAUCAUUCUGAUGGCAUUAGCUACUCUGUCACCCAUUCCAAAAUGGGUUGGGAGGAAGCACGACAAUCCUGCAAUAGCAAUUCCUCAGAACUUGCUAGCAUUUUAGACCCAUAUAGCCAGUCACUACUGUUCUUAAUUGCACAGGAAUAUGGGCAGCCUAUGUGGAUUGGUCUUAACAGCUACAUGACAGAGGGCAAGUAUCAUUGGAUUGACAGAUGGAGAUUAGUUUACAGCAAGUGGUCCAGUGGGGAGCCAAAACAGACAUUAGCAUGCGUCUACCUAGAUACUGAUGGAACCUGGAAGACAGCUUCAUGCGAGGAAAAACUCUUUUCCAUCUGUAAGAAGUCAGAUGUAACAGCCCCUACUGAGCCCUCUCAGCUUCCUGGAAAAUGCCCUGAAGCAAAGGGACACAAGUCUUGGAUACCUUUCCAUGGUCACUGCUACCACUUUGAGGCUGCCAGGAAAAAAAGCUGGGCUCAAGCUCAUCAGGAAUGUACCCGACUGGCUGCUGAAUUGGUAUCUGUGGGAGACUAUACUGAAGCAAACUUUCUGGCAGAAACCAUUAAGAUACUUCAUGGAAAGUCUUCGAACUUUUGGAUAGGGCUGAAGAGAGAUGACAGAGGACAGUGGGUGUGGACAGAUAAAUCAGAGCUGGAUUUUGUCUACUGGCAAACUGGAGAGCCUGCAAACAGAAUGUAUAAAAACUGUGGAGAAGUAUGUGCAUCGACUGGGUUCUGGAACACCAACGUCUGUUCUUUCAGAAAAGGAUAUAUCUGUAAAAAAGCAAAAACUCCAGAAAGGACAGAAAUGUCACCAGAAAAUAUGGGACAGAAAACGGAGACAGUACUUUCUACUGGCAUCAUAUGGCUGUUUGUUUUAUUAGCCCUUUUUAUGGUUGGAGCUGUAAGCGUAGUUUACUUCUACUUGAGGAACAAAGGACAAAACCAAAGAAGCAUUUUGGCCAGAAUGAGUGGAUCAGAAGCAGCACUGGACUUCCAAGAAAAUGAUACACAUACAAACAAGUAGUCUGACAAAAUACCCAUAAGUCCUGAAAAAACAAAAACCAAUCUAUGCAACUGUUAGUAAAAUCUCAUGGCAGUUUUGUGUUUUCCUUCUCAAAUAAUAGUCUUAUCCCAUCACAGAUAUAAUGCCAAUGUAUCAGUUCAUUGUUUAGUAUGAAGAGUACACCUGUUUUUCACAUAAAUGAGUGGCUGAGAAGUGUCAGGGCAAAUCUAUAAUGCUUAUUACGUGAAAUUGUUGGUUGGUUUUAGUUUUUUUUUUGUUUGUUUGUUUUGUUUUCCUUCAUAUGAAGGAAAUAAUUCCUAUCUCUUCAUAAUUUUUCCUGUUGUACUGUUUCAAUGUUAUUUACACAAUUAAGGGAAAUCCUGCUUACUUCAGAAUUGCAGUUUCACAGUUUAUUAUAGUAUCUUUUCAUUAAUGUAAAACCUACUACCAUACUUGUCUCUGUGAGUUACAUUUCAUCACCUUAAAAAUAAGUAAAUGCAUUGAUGAAAAAUAAUUGAAAAGAUUCCUGGUUGGAUUCCAGGUCUAACUGAAAAGAUUCCUGAUCAGAACUUUGGGACUGAUUGUGUCAUUUUCCACAACCUUGUGCUUUUGCAUUAUUCUGUAAAUAUUGAUAUUUUUCCACGCCCACCACUAAAAACUAAAGAUUUAGAGAGAUAAAAAAUGCAGCAGAUUGAGAAUAAAUCCUAUAAUAAUGCCCUUUGAACACCUUGGAAAGCCCUGAGAUCAAAGCACAUUAGGAGAAAAUUACUAAAUUGAUAUAGUAUAGCCCAUAAUCCCAUCACUCCUGUGAUGAAAAAGGAGUAACAGUUAUUCUCAGGAGGAAAUAACACUGCUUGUAAGUUCUGAAGUUAAAGUCAAAUGAAUGUACAACUGCUGUAAUGACAUCAGUAAAACGAAUCACAGGCAAUUCUGACCACUGUAUGCUCAUGCCCGUGGGAUAAACAGGAAUUGCAGAAACAUUUUUUCCACUGUACUACAGCUAAAAACGUUUAGGAUUUUUAAGAACUGAUAUCCCUUCACAAACUAUUGUUAUUACAAAUUUUAAGUAACAGCUUCCUCUUUUUCCCUACUUCUCCACUUAGAACAAAAUUUUAUAGGGAGGAAAAAAAAAAUUAACGAUUCAAGACUUUUCAUAUGGUAUUAAAGAAGAUCAUAAUGUUCCUUUCUGGAAAACAGGAAGUUGUCUGAGAUGUGCUGCAGCUGCUGCAUUCUUGACUGCUUUAAUGUAAGACGAAAACAUGCCCUCAAAAGAAGAGUACAGAGGAUGGAGUAUCAAAUAUUACUGCAUGUAAUCACUGCAGCUACUCCAGGAGCUGACAAAUCUGUUAUACCAUCCACCAGCUUAAAUCUUUGCUUCUGCUUUCCUUACAACUAUGCUGUAAGAGACAUCUCGAUUCACUCAAGCAGAUUUGCUUCAUACAAGUGGGACGGUUCAACACUGGGAAAGAGAAGAAAUAUGACAAGGAAAAAAAAAAUAGAAACAUGAGGUAGAAGAUGGUAAGCUGACUGGUAAUUUCACUUUCUCAGUUACUUUCAACUGAGAGCAGUGGAUACAGAUGCAGUCGUACCUUGCUAGAGGUAGACAUACGAUAGCAUCACAGUGAAUCACAACUCCUUGGAGAUGGUGAAUACAGCACCAAGGAUGCCAAGAUGAUGAAAUUUAGCUCUCUCUGUGGUAUCUUUCAAACAGCAGACCGUAAAAUGAGUGAUCAAACAAUUCAUCUUUUUAUUAUUAUUUGUCAAUCAUGCAUGCAAUAAUUUUAGUUAAUUCUUUUUUAUUCUGUUACCUCUGUUUACAAUUAUUGUCAGGAAGUAUCAGGGGUACUUCUAUCUUUUCUGAUCUGUAUACACUGCUGUAUAUAACAGGCUGAAUCAAUGAAAUCAAUUUCUAACAUGCAAGUUCUUUUAUUACAAUUCUUUAAAAAAAAAAAAAUAAAAAUUAAAUCUUUUUUUUCCACACAUUUUUAAACAGGUUAGAAGGUUGCUAUUUCUGAUGAACAAGUAGAUAAAGCCUUGUAAGAGUCUUUCAAUUUUUAUACUGAGUGGGCUUUAAGGUCCUUACAAUCCACACCAUCUGAUGAUACAAUUCCACGAUAAGAGAAACCCGCUUGUCCCCCGUUCGAGAUGGCGGCCGGCGCUCAGCGCCAUGUUCCGCGGCAGCCGGCGGCGACACCUAGCGAGAGAGCGACAGGCUGCGGCCGGGGAGCGAGACCAUAAAUGAACUUCAGGGAGACAAGAUGAAGGAGAACUGAUUCCAGUUCCAUAAUUAACUUUUUAUCUGGUGAAUGAGAUAAUGUGCUGGAAUGCUCUUUUACUGGUCUAACAAGGAUCUUAGGAUUUAUUUUUUUUCUCGUAGCUCUUAAGUUUGACUUACAAAUAAAGCAAAUGUAGUAAAAUGUUAUUUUUUUUUUUUCUUUUAAUUCCCUUGCAAGCCCUGUGGGAUCACCACUUCAAUAUUCCAGUGAUGGAAGACUUAAGUUACCUGUGAACAGACUUGUCCUAUGAACUAUUACAGCACGUACAUAAGAUGUCAGAAAUAACUGCAUUUUGAAGUGAGAACUCAACCCCAAGAACACAGGACCUUGUCAGAAUAUGCUGGAGAAAAAUCACUCUAACAGUGAUUGUGUCAGAAAAAAGCAACCUUGAAGUUGCUGUUUGCUCUUGUGCAUAAGGUAUUCCUGAAUUGAUCUUCAGUGCCGAAGGGAUACAAAGUGACAUAAUGCCAUUUUGGACUGUCAAACAAUCUCUGUGUUUCCUGAACGCUACAAAACAGAUCUAACUUUCUUAGAGGUAAACUGAAUUUCUCUGAGGUAAAUACAGUAAUAGGAGAAUUAGGAAAUACACACGAUAGUUUAUAGACGACUAAAUGUGGGAUUUUUUGGAUGACAAAAUCAUGCCUCACACUGUGCUAGAAUUUUAAGUGCCUGGUACGCAACAGUAAAAGUAAAACUAUGAAAAAACAUAUGCAUCAACAGUUUUUAAUUGGGAAAACAUUUCUGACAGCCUACUGAGAAGUAUUUGGUCAGUCCCUUGUGACAUUCAAAAAGUGUGUUAGAACAUUAGAAAAUGUGCAAAAAAAUGCAGCUAUAAUAUAUAGGGCUAUGACUGAAAAAGAAUGCAUAGGAUCUAGAAAAUGUACAGGAAAAGGUUAUCAAAGUAAUCAAUUCUGUGUUUGGGUUACAGUGUGCAAUGAGGUCAAAUACACUAGAAGUUUUCAGUAGUAAGACACAGUGAUUAAGGGCAAAAUAUUAUACAAGUAUAGAAAAUCAUAAGCGUUUUAAUUGUCAUGGGAUAGCGUGGUGAUAAAAAUGGAUUUACCAUGUAUCUGGAUGUAUCUUAUAUUUGCUAAUUUAAUGGUUUUCCUGUAUUUGAAGCAUGAACUGUGAUCUCUUUAUUUGUAUGCAAUCAUUUGUGGAGCUCAGAACAUGAGUAGAAAGCCAACAGACAGGUGUUCUGAAAGGUUUUUGACUUUAUUAUACUCUAAAGAUAUUGCUUUGUUGUUGAUUCAGGUGAUUAGCAAGUAUGUAGAGCUAUGACACGUUAUACUACCAGAGGUAGUAAAGUGAAUCAACUCUUGUCAAGAUAUUCUUGUUCCGUAUCUCUUAAUUAUUUUAUGAAGAGUUUAUGUAUUUUCCAACUGCUACCAAGCAAUAGAAACAAGUAUUUAGUACUCUCCUAACAUUGCCUUUAUAGUGUCAGCUUUGUUUCAGAAAAUUUGCUGUUUUAUUUCCUGCAGAAUUUCCUUUCCACGCCCUUUAUUGCUUCUCCCUUACCUUAAUAAUAAGGGCAGAGUAGAAGCCCAGAGUAGAAUCCCAUUCCACUGCUUAUACUUCUCCUCUUUUCCAUCAGCCUAGUCAGCAGGACCUUGCUCAGCCAUGCUGCUUUACUGCCUCAUCUGCCUGAUUUCCUAUUCUGGGGGAUGGGGUGCUAUUGUGCUUGAUCUUUCUUUCAGGAAAAGCAUCUUUGUGAUACCCUCUCUUGCUAUUUGUUUGAGAUAGUUUUGCUUCUUGAGAACUAAAAAAGUAAAGGAACACCGACUAUAGCCAGACAUAAUUACUUUCAGGUUUUAUCUUUGUACACAAGAUUGAAUUAAUCAUUGCAUUGGUUGGUUCUACUGUAUAAACAUGCCCACAUACCUUGUAAUAUAGUUUGGCUUUAAGUCCAUUUAAGACGAGAAAUGAAAAGUAUCCUUACCUCACUUUACUUUUUAUUUUUCCAGUUUAGCAAAAACAGUUUAAAAAUCACGUUCAAAAGUGAAAUGAGACACAGCAAUGUAAACAAGCCUGUGACCACAUACAGCUGCUCCCUAAGAAGUUUAUAUGAGAUUCACUUCUGCUAAAAAUAGAGACUUGCCUAGAGUAAGCUGUGUUUCUUUGUGCUCCCAUUUAUGUUCUGCUCUAGUCAAACGCUCUGUGCUGCACAUCAUGCAGUGACUGGCAGGAACGGGGCCUUAUGCAAAUAUGAUGGAUGAGGUUUACUAAAUGAAUUCAAGUUCAAUAAUUUUUGAGUAUCUAGCCCAUGUACUUUAUCUGUCUUUCCUGGAGAAAAUGUCUCAGGGAAUUGAGACAUCUGUUGUGAUGGAUUUUGCAUGGCAAAUGUCAAUCCAAACCAGUGAGUUAUUUUCUAUAUUUAAAUUGGUUUUGGAAUGGCAUAAAUUGUACUUAAACAAGCCCCUUUGUCAGUGAAAUUCAUCACAGAUUUAUAAAUUCAGCAGAGAUUUCAGUAAUUCGGUCGUCUGGGCAUGUCCCACAACAUUUUAUUAAACAAAACAAAUUCGUGGUUAAGUAUCUAUGGCAACAAAUACCUAUAAUGUUGUAUUUGACAGAUGAGUAACUUGCAGACAACGAAAUAUUUUCAUAUUACACUGUUUGAAGCUCUCAUUUAUUUAGUCAUGCGUUUUUAUUUUCCUUAGAAGUUGUUUUGAUAGUAAAUAUUAGCCCAGUGCUUUGCAUUGAAUCCAUUAAGAAAGUAACUUAGAAUUGUUGCCAACCUUAAGCAAUCCUUACACAGAAUGAUCAUUGCAGUACUUGCUGUGUUCAGUAACUUCGUUUUUUUUUUGUCUUCACUUUAUGUUCAAAGUAGAAAAAUAGAGAGCAACUAAAAGUGUCACCUUUUCAAGCAAAGAAACAAAAAAAUACAACGCUAGUUCUCUCAGCUAUGGUGAAUCAGGGGAAGAUAGAAUUAAUGCAGAGUUCUAAAGAAUAAAUUUCUGUCAUGAUCACUAUUUUUUGCUGUUGAAAAAGACACAUUCAAGUCUGAGCAGGGUCAUCAGAGCAGCGUUUUGUUAUUGUGCAGGGAAUACGAGGGAAAUUUUAACAGUCUGCUAAUUUUCAUUUUCUACUGGCCUGGAUUUUUAUGACAGUAGUGGAAACCAUGCUGCAGAGAAAUCAACUGCAGAACUGCAGCAAGUUUGCAAUCAUGAAUAUUCAUUGGCUCACUUAGCAAAUUAAAAAUGAAAUCUUAGUGUGUUUUAGUAAUACUGUUGCAGCUGUCUUCCGUAUUUGUACAAUAGUAUAUAAUCAAGCUCUAAAUGAAUUCUUUGCCUGGGUGAUAAUUUUUUAUUAUGCUGUUCUCUUCCUUAAUGUUUCGUGUAUCAUCUUUUGUGAAACAUAAUUUAAGAGCUCCAUUCUCCAUUGACUGGAUUCUUUAUUAAACUGACUGCUUAUGAAGAUGUUUUACAUUUAGUUUAAGAUUCUUAGUCCUGGGUUGUACAACUGUGGAUGAGUUCCAUAUUUGAGCUACAGCCAAGGCCAGAAAUGCAUAAUUCAAAAAUGCAUAUUUCAUGUGAAUGUUUAAAAUAAACACGUUGAAAGAC